CCAGUGAGGGUUUUCCGGCUUCUGGAGGUGGACACCCUAGUGGUCACCAAUGCAGCUGGAGGACUCAACCCCAAGUUUGAAGUCGGUGAUAUCAUGCUGAUCCGUGACCAUAUCAACAUGCCUGGUUUCUCUGGCCAGAAUCCUCUGAUAGGCCCCAAUGAGGACAGGUUUGGAGUUCGUUUCCCUCCCAUGUCUGAUGCUUAUGACCGGGAUCUGAGAAAGAUCGCUCACAAAACCUGGAAACAAGUGGGGGAGAAGCGAGAACUACAGGAAGGCACCUACGUGAUGUUGGCGGGCCCUAACUUUGAGACUGUGGCAGAGUCUCGUCUCCUGCAGAAGCUGGGGGCAGAUGCUGUUGGCAUGAGCACGGUCCCCGAAGUUAUAGUAGCACGACACUGUGGCCUUCGAGUCUUUGGCUUCUCCCUCAUCACCAACAAGGUGGUCAUGAACUACGAGAGCCUGGAAAAGGCCAAUCACGAGGAAGUCCUAGCCGCGGGAAAGCAAGCUGCGCAGAAAUUGGAACAGUUCGUCUCCAUUCUUAUGUCCUGCAUCCCUCCCUCUCACACUGCCAGUUGACCAGCCGCUGCCUUGUGGAAUCCAAAUAGCUGCUGCCCACUUUGGCCCUCUUCCGGGGUCACCUGCCUUUCCCGUAAGGUCAUCGCAGAGAGGAGAGAGAGGAUCACUUCUACUUCUCCCACCAGACCCUUCUGAUGCCAGAUUCUCUUUUGCUCAGCUGUUUUCUGAAAGCCAUUUCCAUCCCUGAUCUUUCCCACACUGGAGCCCACACCUUAACACAUCUGUGUGUGUGCCCAGGAUUUGACUUGGGCCCUUGAACUUGGCACAGUGACUACUUUUUGGAGUAAUGCUCUCACAUUCCUAGGGGCUGAGUUCUGCCAUCCCCAUCGCACUGGAGACCUCACAAGAACCAGCCCAAUACCUCUUAUGACUUUUAACAUUGUGCUUGGAUAAUAAAAAGAUGGAAAAAAUGAAUAAAUAAAAAGAAAGGUGUAUCAGUUCUUCAUUUUGUACAAUGGUCAGGCUGGGAGCAUAGGCCAAGACGGGCAGGAGAGACUGAGACCACAAGUACUGUGUGACUCUCUGUUCCUCACACAAGUAGCUGAGGCCCUGUCCUGGAUAAUUGUGGCGGGCCGAGGACUGAAGGAUUUUGGAUGUUAGAACUCUCUCACAGGGGACUCCUUGGAUUGGUGAAAACAUUCAUGCAAGGUAGAGAGUAGCAUGUUCCUGGGGACAAUGGAGUAACUGCCCCAAACUCUCAUAGACCUUGCCUAGUGUGUUUCUGCAUCUGUUUCUUCUUAUGGUUAAGGGUCUCAUGAAGGAGACAGACACAAAUACAAAUGCAAAAAUAGAAAGCAUAUUGUGACAAGAACUGUAUAAGACUGGAGUUCUGGUGAAUUACCCUUGUAGGCAUGAUCACAGUGGAGGCCAAGUAGCAGUUCUCCCAGCAGUGUUGGGUGCUGGAGAUCAUUGGUAUAGCUGCCUUGUUUCAUAUGCAGCACUGCAUUAGGGGGCAAGGUGGGGGUGGGGGGAGUUCCCUCAGCCACAUGUAAGGCCCCAGGACAGGCAGGGGACCCCCCAGCCACAUGAAGGACAAGCAGGACCUCUCCAGCUGCGUGUAAGAUCACAGGACAGACAGGAGCUCCCCAAUGGGCUUGUGAAGUUGCCCUAGCUUGUACCAAGACCACUGAUGCCCCAAUAGCUCAGAGGUUUUUGUUUUGUAUUUUCCCCUGGCCAACUGGAGUUGAAUUAAGUUAAGUUGGCCUCCUGGCUAUGGGCUCUGCCAGGCUUUUUAUUUUUAAACAUUUUUACUGGCACUCAAUACACAUGUCACACAAUUCAAUAGUUCUAUCAUAUC